GAGCCAUUUGGAUUGAUUAUUCAGGUUCAGGCCCGUGUUCUUAGUAGUCAGUCAACAUUUCGAUCAGUAGCUACAUGGCAUAUAUCAGAUGGACACAAGAGACAUCCGUUGCCCGGUGGUACCAGGGAAUAGCGCUUUCGGCUCCAACGAUUGUGUUCGUUGCCUUUCGACGAGGAGACCUCUCAGUCUCGUCCUCUGUUGAUUCCAACGAAGUAUAAUGGCAAUAACGAAGUUUCACCGACUUUUGCUGUUCGUUUUUCUCGUCAGUGUAGGCCUGUCAUUUGUGGUGGGACAGCUUUUCUAUGAUGAGAUGCUGGCCGACCAAUUACUACCGGUCAAUCCCGUCCCCAAUGACCAGCAUCUGGACGGAAAUAAACAUCGGCCAAAUAUUGUGUUUAUUCUCGCAGACGACUUGGGAUGGAAUGACGUAGGCUGGCAUAACAAAGAUGUCAAAACGCCUAACAUCGACAAACUGGCGAAGUCCGGAGUAAGUUUGACUAAUCAUUACACUUACGCUAUCUGUACGCCUUCAAGAGCGGCCAUUAUGACCGGCUUCUACUCUCACCGUCUGGGACUACAGCAUCGAGUCGUGGAGGAUUACCAAAAGAAGCACGUGCCUCUAGACGUUCCAACGAUUGCCGACCAGCUCAGCGGCGCUGGCUACGCGACGCAUCUGGUGGGGAAGUGGCACCUGGGUCAUUGUAACUGGAACUAUACACCUACAUAUCGCGGGUUCGAUUCCUUCUUUGGAUACAGAUUUGCAUCAGAGGACUACUACACACAUAAACACAAAGGACUGUACGACUUCUGGGAGGAUGAAUUGCCGUAUCAUGACGUCAGCAACACAUAUUCGACUGAUUUAUUUUCGGACAGAGCUGUCAAGAUAAUCAGAGACCAUGCUGUAAGGCAUGGGGAUAACACACCGCUUUACAUGUAUCUGGCGGUGCAGGCUAUCCACGGUCUGAUUCCGGAGUCGCCCGAGAAAUACAGGGUAAAAAAUAAUUUCCAAUGGGACCAGAGAUCCAAAGCGAUCCAUGCGAUAAACGGAAUUGACCAUUUAGUUGGCCAUGUGGUGGACGCUCUCGAGUCCAGUAAUCUUUUGAAUAACACUCUCAUCGUCUUCACCUCUGACAAUGGCGCCGAUAUAUCAUGCGGGGGAAACAACAGUCCGUUGAGGGGCGGAAAGUUCACAAUCUGGGAGGGUGGAACAAGGGUACCAGCUAUGGUAAACGGACCAAUGAUAAAACAUCCAGGUCGAACUUACAAUAAACUAUUUCACGCUGUUGAUUGGUUCCCGACACUUCUUGCAGCGGCAGGUGUCGUGGGUAAUCACGGUAACGUGAUGCAUGAUGGGAUUGAUCAAUGGAGAUCACUCCGCGAUGGAGUUACUUCAGAUAAUCCGAGGACCCAGUUCAUCUACGGAAUAGACCCCGGAAGAAAUGCUGCAAUACGAGUGGGGGACUAUAAACUCAUUGAGGGCAACCCAGUCGGGAUUGUCUUUGAAUCGAACCUGAAAAAGCACCAUACUGAUCACGCAGCAAACUGUUGGAUCAACCAGUACACGCCCUUUCCCAGGCAGCAGUGCGCUUACAGGCCCUCCGAAAAAAUGUUAUUCAACCUCCUGGUCGAUCCGACAGAGAAGACUAAUCUGGCAGCAGAGAAGCCAGAUAUGGUUAAAAUGUUGAGCGACUUGCUCGAACAGGAGAAAAAGCGGGCAGUCCCUGCACAAAGCGAGGAAAGUUUCAAGAGUGUAAUCGAGCCGUUGAUUUUGAUAGACAAGGGCAUAAUGUGGCCAGACUGGUGUUGAUUUCGACUGAUCACCUGACGUCAGUGGUCACGUGAUAACAACGUGGC